UGGCAUGUUCGUAGAAGAUUGCUUAUUUUGACAUUAAGCAUCGGCAACGUAAAUGUUGAUGUCGUUCGUUAUAAUCAAACAGCGGCGAUAAAAUCCAAUCCUACUUAACGUCAUCUUCCGGAGCGUCGCAAAAAUGUAGAUGCAGUUUUUUUAUUUGAGAAACGUUCCCGGAAGUAAGAUGCGUGUUAAAUCAGCUGACUGAGAGAGCCAUGCGUCACAUGACACAAGUCUGAGGAGCCAGCAUGUCUUCACGUCAGGAGCCUGUGUACUGGUUGGGGAAGGACACCCUCCGGGUGUCGGCGGCUCUGUUCGCCGAAAACCGCCGGCGUCUCUGCCAAGGCCUCAAGGCCAAGGAAGGCAUGGUUCCAAAAUCAGUGGUGGUGCUCCAGGGGGGAGAGCAGAAGCAAAGAUACUGCACCGAUACGGAUACGGUUUUCCGACAGGAGUCCUUCUUCCAUUGGGCUUUUGGGGUGAUUGAGGCUGACUGCUAUGGAGCUAUCGAUGUCGAUACGGGGAGGUCCAUCCUGUUCAUCCCGAAGCUGCCAGAAAUCUACGCUACCUGGAUGGGAAAGAUCCAUCCCCGGGAGCACUUCAAAGAGAAGUAUGGGGUUGACGAAGUUCAGUACACCAGUGAUAUUGCUGAUGUUUUGGCCAAAAUGAAUCCAACAGUUCUCCUUACGCUGCGUGGACAAAAUACAGACAGUGGGAGCACCUGCCGCGAAGCCUCAUUCGAAGGAAUCAGUCGAUUCCAAGUGAAUAAUGUUCACCUACACCCUGUAAUUGUUGAAUGUCGCCUGAUUAAGACCGAUAUGGAGCUGGAGGUCCUGCGCUACACUAACCGUGUUUCCAGCGAAGCCCACAAAGAGAUAAUGAAGCAUGUGAAACCUGGACAUAAAGAAUACGAAAUGGAAAGUCUGUUCCAGCACUACUGCUACUCACGUGGGGGCAUGCGCCACACCUCCUACACCUGUAUCUGUGGAAGUGGAAACAACAGUUCAGUCCUGCACUACGGCCAUGCUGGAGCCCCCAAUGAUAAAACCAUCCAAGAUGGAGACAUGUGUCUGUUCGACAUGGGCGGAGAGUACUACUGCUACAGUUCUGACAUCACCUGCUCCUUUCCAGCCAAUGGGAAGUUCACAGAUGAUCAGAAGGCCAUCUAUGAGGCUGUGCUGAAGUCCUCCCGCGCUGUCUUGGCCGCCAUCAAGCCAGGGGUGCUGUGGACAGCCAUGCAUCGCAUGGCCGACCGUGUCCACCUGGAGGAGCUGGUGAAAGUGGGAAUCCUGCAUGGCAGUGUGGAAGACAUGCUCAAGGCUCACAUGGGUGCCGUCUUCAUGCCCCAUGGCUUGGGUCACCUGCUGGGCAUCGACGUGCAUGACGUGGGCGGGUACCCAGAGGGUGUGGAGCGGAUCGAUGAGCCAGGUCUGAAGAGUCUCAGGAUGAACCGGGUGGUGCAGGAGCGCAUGGUGCUGACGGUAGAACCUGGGAUCUACUUCAUCGACCACCUGCUGGACCAGGCCCUGGCCUCUCCCGCCCAGCGCUGCUUCAUCAACAAUGACGUGCUGGCCCGCUUCCGCGGCAGCGGAGGGGUGCGCAUCGAGGACAACAUCGCGGUGACCGCCGACGGGGUGGAGCUGCUCACCUGCGUGCCGCGCACUGUGGAGGAGAUCGAGCAGUUCAUGGCCGAAGGCCACGACUGCUCCAAGGCCUUCAGUCCUCUGGUCAGCCAGAAGUUCUGAGGAGCUUUGGACCUGACACACUUCAUUUUCACGUUGGCCGAGAUUUCUGCAACAGCGCUAUGGUUUGGUUGAAACACAAGUCUGAAAAUCGCCAGAUAAAAUCUAUGGGGUGAACGACUGCAAUAAAAAUGUGUGACCUUUAUAACCAAUUUCUUUUUUGACAUGCUAUCAAAAUAUCAUACAUAAUACCAUAUUUCAUAUACCAUAAUACCACUUUCAUUUAAUUUACAUUAUUCAACUGUAUACUGUAUUAGCCAAUAAUCUGCUUGAAUUGUAACAGUUAUAUUGGUUAUAUACCAUUUUGAAGAAGAACAUCACAUCGAUUUUUUUUCUGUGGCGAGAUUUGCACGCUGAAAAUCAGUAUUAAAUAAUUUUGCUCACAUCAGUGCCUAUCACAUUGCUUUAUAAUCAUUUGGUGUAACAUUGAAUCAUUUAUUCCACUCUUAUAAGACCAAUAAACUUUCUGCAGCACUAAA